AUGAAGACAGACAAAAUCGAGAAAAUCUUCAUCCUAAAUAAAAAGCUUAAAGAGUUAGAGGAUUGUAAAAAUGUAUUACGCAAUUUUAACACCAUGCCUAUGAGGGAGCUAGCCAAUAAAAUAGGUAUACCAGCAUCUACACACACGGGAGACUUCUUCGAUAACUUCCAAUUUAAUAAUAGCACGUCCCAAAAUGUGCUGACACAUAGAGAUUCGCUCAGAAACAACGAAAUGGAUAACAGGACUGGUGUUCCAAAUGAAGUACAAGAUUCGACGAGCUCCUCCUCAUACCAGGAAAGUGAUUACAAUAGCGACUUUAAUAAAACUUGGGAAGUACCCGAAUGUGUGGGUUCACCCAAAAGUGUCAUCGAUGUGGAAGGUGAAGCAGAAAAUGGGCGCCCCAAUCAGGAUCAACAACAGGGUGAUAGAAGCGACGCCCCAGGAGAAGACCCAAUUGGGCGAGUCAAUACGCACUCGAAAAAACUUAACAAUGCCAGUUACAACCCCAACGGGAACGACUCCUCUAAUGAUGAGUUCUAUUCGAGUAAUUUUUUAUACACGCCGAACAAACCUGCUAACGAGACGACAAGCCAACAGAAAAUGAACGACAUUUCUUUCGAUAACAUAAAUCGCAGAUACAGCUGCAACGGGUCCAUUAACGACACGGAAACGAGGAGGGACAGCCAAAUAUCGUUUCUCUACUACGACAGAAGAAACAGCUUCAUGCUGAAUAGCCUCCCUAGGAGAGAAAGCAACGGGUCGUUGCCGGUGCUGAAUGGGGUCGACUCGAAUUUAAAUGGUGAAACAAAUGGCAGGCAUAGCACCGGUGGAGAUGAUCCAGCUAACUAUGCCGGUGAGGAGGACCGCCGAGGAGAGCGAGUCCCGCCCAACCGGCCGUCCAUCAACUCCAGCAGGAGCAUGCGAAACAGUGCAGUGUCUAGUGUAAUUCAGAGAGGAGAACGAACCCACCACACGAACGACGCCAUGUCCAGCUACAACAACACACCAAUGGAGGAAUAUGCCAACAACCUGUACGACGUAAACGAUUUUAAAAAUAAAAAAAAAUUAAAUAAAAAAAUUGAUUACUAUGAUUUCACAUUUGAUAAAGCCAAGUGUAUUAAGUACAAUAAUUUUGUGAACAGCAAAAUCAGAAACGCCUUCAAAUUGCAAUGCUCCCUAUGCCAGACCAUUUUGUACAAAAAGUAUGACGACAUGCAGAAGAAGAAAAAUUCCAUCCUAGUGAACAUUAUAAACCAUGAGAAUUAUUUGUUUAAAUUUUUGAAUAAAAAUUAUAAAUACUGUGGGAUGUACUUCCUCGCGGGAUUAAUAUACGGACUAGGAUUAUUACAAUUUUUUAAAAGUUUAAAAAUUUCCCUAUUUUUACAGUACAUUUUAAAGUACAAAAAUAGGUGUCUCUAUAUUUGUUCCAUUUUGGGCAUAUCUCUAUCCUUGAUAUCUUCGAAGAAUCGCGAAUUGACGUCCAUAUGUCUAAGUGCUCUCUUCAAAGAAUUAUAUAACGGAAAGAAGAAACUCAACUUGGACAGUUUACUAUUUCAAUGUUUUAAUGAACAUGAACAAAGUGAUGACAAUUACAAAUUUGUUUUUUAUAAAAAAAAAAAAAUUAACAAAACAGACAAGGUGGACAUAAAAAUUGAGCACCUCAAAAAAGAGGGAUACGUGGAAGGGGGCGACUCCCACUAUUUUAAUCUGCUCUAUGCACAUGACAACGAGUUAUCCGAUGAAGACACUUCAACGGUUCCGAUGACGAGUGACGAUGCGUCGUCCCUUUCGGGCAACACCCUUGAUCGAAAUAUAGGCAGUGGGGUAGGGAAUCCCCUUGGUGGAUCCACCAGUUUUCAGAACCACCGUGAGGGGUACGUCGAGGAGGGCAUUUACAACCUCACAGGAGGAAGCAUCGACGUGAAUUACUACCCAAAUGGGGAUUCUAAUGCAGACCCGGGGAUGCUAAUUCGGGCGGACACCCCUCAGAACGGGGACCCGGGGGUUAAACAGGACGAUCAGGAGGGAAGUUCAAAAGAGGACUAUGAUUGGGGUGCCAAGGAGCAUUACCAUGGGGGUGCUAAACAGGACCACGACAAGACGAAUCCCCCACAUUAUGACCUUACGGGUGGACAGUGCGACAAAAUGCAACACCUCAAUGAGGGAGUUUUAGCCUCGGAGGAGGGAACACCGCAUUACACGUAUCGCCCGAGCAAGGGUGCCAACAUGGACCCAUUCAGUGAUAAGUUCAGCGAAGAGUGGGAGGAGCGAAAUGAAUAUAUGCGCCAGUACAUACGUGACCGGGGGCAAAGCAUACAGGACGACAUAGGGGACAACAUAGGGGACGACAAAAAUGUUUUUUCAGAUGAUUGCGGUUUGGGGGAUCUGCUCCAUGGUGACCCAGCAAACCGACCAGAUAACAUAGACGACGUGUACUCCCUUAUGAACUCCCCCAUAGGCAAUUCGAUUUGCUCCGAAAAUUCUCAAGAGAAAAAGAAAACCAAAAGGGAAAACCACAAAUGGCACAAACUUAAAAGCAGUAGUAGAAGGAAAAAAAAAUCUUUAGACAACCUAGUCCUCAGUACGAACUUCCUUUGUCUAGGAUACCUCCACAUGAAUAGCAACAACAAAUGUUUAACAAGAUACAUUUUUAAGCUGUUACAAAAGAGCAAUUUGAGCAAGUUAAAUUUAUUGUGUAUUUUCUGGUCCAUAGGAAGUAUCAAUUUUAAAAAAGGGAGUCUUUUCCACACCAUAAUAAUUUCUUUACUAUAUUUUAUAAACGCAAAUGUACCCUAUAAAAUGCACAAGAACGAUUUUAUUAAAACAUUUUCCAUGAAAAGUUUACAUGCAGAUGAUAUGUCCUACGAUAUUAUGCACAUGAUUAUCUCAUCCGCCGUAGCUGUUUCGUUAGCCUUUUUCAAGACCAACAAUAUUCACGCCUUUAAUAUGAUUUUUAUGCCCUCCAUAAUGGACCACAUAUACUACUUCAAUCAGUACGAAAUUAUGGUAAAAUCGUUUGCCCGCAAUAUGAUCAUUUUCGACUUUGUGGAUUUAUCUCAUGAAUAUAUCCUGUCGAACAUUCCCCUUUUUUUGAGAAUUCUUCCUAACGAUUGGAGUAGAAGUAAGAAGAGUAAGCUACCCUAUAUGCACUUGAUUAACAAAAAUGGAACCUUCAAGGAUAAAGAACUGGAGAGAAAAUUCAUCCUCCUAAAUGGGCACCUAAAUAUGGACCACGAUUUUGUGCGUAACGAGAUGAACAAGAUGUAUGAAGAUGGCCGCUAUUUUCGUCUAACCAAGCAAAACUUUGUCCAUUGCUACAGGGAUAAGCUAUCCCCGGGGGGCGCCCCCCUGAGGUAUUAUUUUCAUGGCGCAGACACCAGCGUAGAUAACAUACAUGACGUAUAUAGUGGAGGAACCCACCCCAGAAGCAAUGACCACCCCGACAGUCCAAGUAUAUAUGUGGAAGACACAAGUAGCGAUCAACAGACAAAAGCAAAAAGGAGCAAUCACGAACAGAAUUUGCUAAAGGAUUACACCUUCGUGUAUAACUGCGAAAUGCUCAGGUACUACAUCAUCAUGGGGGUGCUGCAAGUCCUCAGUCUAAAAUACCUUUCGACGCACCACGAACAUUUCAAGAAAAUAUGCUUCGAAUAUAUCUCCUACUUUGAAAAUAUUAACAAAGGAAUUUACGCCAAAAGGAAGCUGGAAAAACUAUACAAAAAGGUAAACUAUUUGGUCCAGAAGAUUAAGGAUAAGGUUACGAGGGAGAAUGUUCUGCAGGACCUCCUUCCAGAAGUACAAGAAGUUACGUGCGAGACGAAUGGGAAGAAGGCCCAAGAAGGUGUCCCCACAAGUGGGGUGGUUCAUCAUAUCGAAGCGGAAAGUUUAAGCGGCAGGGAAAGCGCAGUUAUUGUUAGCGAUUCGAUAAAUGGGCAGCUAUGUAGCGAUGGUGGUGAAGAUGAUGAUCAUCACGAUGUGGAUCAAAAUGAGGAUGGCCUAUAUACGGAUCCCCCCCAUAGCCUAGAAGAAGAACAGCGAGAAGACCUGGACGACCAAAUCGACAACCACCUGCAUGACUUCAUUGCGCAUCUGCAGUGUGACGACUGCUCCAGCGAUUUAGAGGGCGAAAGAAGGAAGAUCGACUCAUCGCACGUUAGAAAAAGGAACGAAACGGAUGCAGUAACGCAAGGACAAAGCGCAGAUUUGACAAACCUCGUGGUGGCCACGUCCGUUAAAAAAAAUUCAGUGUACUCUCACAUCUACAAAUUAAUUCUAAAGUAUGUUAAAAAAAUAAAGAAAAUUAAAAAAUGCAUACACGAUUCGUGCUCCCCCGUGGAGGACGAAAAUUACAUAACCAGCCGAUUGUUAGGACAAAAGUACCCAAAUGAGGAGAACCAUUUGUACAAAAUAAAGGAGGAAGAUGUAAACGAUAUAGUGAAUCUGAUUUAUCAGUGUCUUUCCCUCGUCUUUGUCGGAAGUUGCGACAAAAUAUUAAAUAAAAAAAUAAAAAACAAAAUAAACAACCUGGUGAAUAUCAGAGAUAAAAACACCAACAAUUUAUACUACUACUACUUAGGGUAUAUAAACCUAGGGUGCGGAAAAUAUGUUUUAAAAAGACACACAGAUGUGUCCACCUGUAUACUCACCUUAAUUCUGUUUAGCUUCUUUCACAUCUACGAUUUGUCAUCCCAUUUUAUUAUUCAUCUGAUUGAAUUUAUGUACGUUCUCCUAAUUGACAAACGCUUUUUAAAAAUUUACGAUGUGACGUCAAACCAAUUUGUUAGCCUCCCCAUUCAGUUAAUUUACACGGAGAAGGUCAGCACUUACCAUUUGAAGACAAAUCGAGACAACCCAAAGCAGGUCAGCAAUCAUAUCCAAAGAAAUGCACUUAAUAAAAACCUCUAUUUGCACAAAACGAAUUACACAAGUCUUAACAGAAAGGUAAUCCUCUCACCCAGUGCUAUCCCCCACUUGGAUAUCGUAAACAUUUCCAUCGUGAAUAAUGAAUACUACCACUUGAGCUUUUCCUGCUUCGAUACGAAGGGGAAGAAAAGGAACUUGUCCCGGGGCACCGUGGAGGCUGACCCCCAAACAGAUACACACAUAUGCGAACUGAAGAACGGAACGCGCAUCACACCUGAACACACCUACGACAAGGACAAUAUUGUGAGAAAAAUAAUCAAACGGGGAAUCCUCUUCGUUAAGAGGCGGGAAUAUAACAGUGUGCCGCUAGACUAUAAGCAUUUAUUCAUAGCGGAGACACUUCGGGGCUUUUUUGAGGGGGGAGAACAAAUAGGUAUGAAGGUCAUCCAGCGUGAGAACUUCACCAGGAAGAACGACACCACAAGCAUUCGCGCAUACAAGCAGCCAUGUGGAAAACAUAUCUGUAGUGGGGUGCUCCCGUUGGAGGAGUUUAACCCCAUGCGCGAAGAGAGCGCCCUCGUGAUGAACCAAAAAGGAUUCCUCCUAGAGACCACCGAAAGGAAGAACAUCCUUAGGAACACCCUGAUGAGGCAUAAAGACAGCCAAAGCAGCAUAGGGAAAUUUUUACUGGAAGUGCUAAAGUACUAUGAGAAAAUUCCGUUCACCUUUUCGGACGACACAAUGUUGCUAUUUCAAACGAAGGGAAAUUACACACAUAAAAAUAUCAGCGAGCUACUAAUGCUAAAGUACUACUUAAAAUUGGACGGAGAGAGAUCCUCCUCGGAGGAGGCCUACCACGAGGACCACUUACUAACAGAGGGAAAAUUUGCAAAGCUCUUUCUACUCUUCAAUGAACAAUUUAGUAGGCAAUUUAUCGAAAUUGAAAAGUUUAAUAAACAAAAGAGAAGUAAAAAGGUGCAGUUCCUUCCGCUAAUUUAUGGUGUUAUUGUAAACUACUACGAGAGGAAGUGGUCCGCCCAGUGGGGUAAACAAAUCUAUUCAUCAGUGCAUUCAGAGGAACAUAACAAAAUGGUGGACACCUAUCAUAGCAAUUUCAAUAGAUCAAACAUUGCAGAUGAUCAUGAAGAGGAUAGUAAAAGUGACCUAAUCACCACCCAUGCGAUGUCCCCCGCACCCAUCCUCAUAAACAAUAUAUACAACAACCAGCGUGCACAAAACAAUAUAUACACCUUUUACUACAAAAUAAGGGAGAAGAAGGAAAACAUACCGGUCAGUGAGCUGAAUCACCUAAAUCAGCUGAACCAAUUGCUAGUCCAAUAUGCCCUCAAAAAGUUGAAACCCUUUGUGAAAUACCAACUGGUGAAGCAAGUGCAGAACAAUUUCGACUACUUUCUCCUGGUCCAAAAUUUACACAUCGAUCGAAGCGUCAAUUAUUUAUAUUUCCUCUCAGAUGUGUAUCAUUCCUUUUACCCAUUUUAUCAAUUCUUUUACAAGUACUGGGAAGACCAUUACUUUGGCACGUUGGCUUCACCAAAAAGAGCAGAGAAGAAAUCCAUUUGCGAUUUGGAAUUCUUCGAUUAUGUUGCCAAUCCGGGGAGGGAUACCAAGGUCGUAAUAAUAGGUAGGGGAGUGAAUCAUAUGGACGAGCUACCUGCCUAUUCGUUCCCAGAAAAAUCGAGCAGCUCCUACUUUUUACGCCUCCCCAAAGGGAGUAAAAGAACGGGGCGUGGUGCGGGGGGAAGGACCGAAAGGGGGGGCAAUACUUGCAAGGUAAAGGUUACUUGGAUGGAUGAAGUUGGGAAGGGCGUAUCAUGGGAGGACGAAGUGGGGAAGAACACAUCAUGGAAGGAUGAAACUGGGAAGGACGCAUCAUGGAAGGAGGCUACACCCCCGGACGGCACGUUUGACAAAGUGAAGGAUCUGCUCAGCCUCAAUUUUGACUACCUCAAAAUCAUGCAGGGGAUCUACAAAAGGUCCAGCACAAGAAUGAGCCUGAUGAGUUACCUGCCCUUCUUGGGCACCGACUACCAUUUUGUCUACUUCUUUGAAAAUAACCUAAAGGUUAUAAAAAGGAUUUUCCAGCAGUAUUACCACAUGGGCUACCCCCACAAAAGCAUCCUUUUUAACAAGAGAAAAAUUUCCACCAACGAUUCCAGCAAUGUAGUAAAUUUAUUUAUACAAUAUUGUAACUUCCCCAAUUAUUUCUCCUUUUGGAAUAUCGUUUUAUCUGAAAAGGAGGGUAAUUUCCUUUUCGUGCCUCAGGGUAGACACCUCUACGAUCACAAGUAUAAUAGGUACAUUCGCUCCGUUAUUUCAAAAGCGGACCGGGUGCUCACCCACAAUAAUAUGUUCAAGGGCGAAACGGUGGGGAAGAAGCACAAGCAUACUUUUCCAAAGGUACCAAAUAGGAGCGCGGUUAAUUGUGGCCACUUCAACGCUUCUCGUGGGAAUAUUUUUCCUUCACAUGGUGCAAUUCCCCCCAAUGGUGAAACUCCCCCUCAUCGUAAAAAGGGAUACAUAAAAAUAGCGCUCAAAUGGAUUGACAAACGUAACUCAGCAUCAGCUGGAAGGGUCGAUACGGAAGAAAAGUACCACCCCUUUGUAAUCCUCCAGAGAAUAGCACACACGAUUCAGAGGAACGCAAAAAAUGAAGUCUGUCCAAUUAGAAGAGCAUUCAUAGAAAAUACCCAUGGAAAAACAUCCCUCAGUGCAUACAACUUUUUCAAACAGUGGAUAAGCACAAGUGAACACUUAUCUAGCAAACUAGUUACCACACAUAACAUUUCAUUAAAUUCUGCAUGCAUCAAUUCCUUCUUCGCGGAUAUAUUACUUUGUUUUUUCAUUGGGAAUUUAUAA